AUGGGGAGGCGAUCAAUAUCAACCACAAAGAGUGGAAAGUUUAUGAAUCCCACUGAUCAAGCAAGUAAGACUUUAUGUCAUUCGUUCAUAAUGAUUUUACUUCCUUCCUCAAUUUUGUGUCUUUUUUCAUUUACAUCUGUAGCUAUGUUAAGCUUUACUCAUUUCACCUUAAUUGUGUUUUUUACAUUGACAGGAAAGGAAGCAAGAAAGCGAGAAUUGAAGAAGGUUUGUAUCGAUUCGUUCGUUUGUGUACAGAGGCAAGAAUGGUUAGGUAUUGAUGUAAUAACUAGCUGCACUAAGAUCAAACUAUUGAGAUUAUACAUGUAUCGAAGCUGCAUAGCACUCUUUUUAGGGGUUUACCUCGGUGUAAAAAUCUGUGAAGUUUUUUUUUGUUUUCUAGCUACUAUUUUCCUUGGCACUAUUGUACUGACUUCUCUUUGUCUUCAUUGUUUUACGUCACUCGUGAGUUUCACAGGUUUUUACAUUGAGGAUGAGCCCUUUUUAGUCUUAGAUGUAUCUCACUGUCUUGUCGUCCUCAUCCCCUAAGAUCUGUAUUGUCUGAGAAUUUUUCUCUAUAUUUACCCACAGAAUAAGAAGCAGAGAAAGAUGGUGCGAGAAGCUGUCUUAAAAUCCAAAGACCCUAGAAAAAUUUUGGAAGAAAUUGAGAAAAUAGAAAAUAUGGGUAAGUAAUUUUUAUACCACUAUGACUACAUUUGACCGAGGACAAGUAGAAAUCUUCAUGUGUAAGUUAUGAAAGUGGUGGAGUCUGAAGGGGUAGAAUUAAAAGUUUUGGUCCAUGUAAGGUUGCUGGUGGAAUCCAGAAUCCCAUGCAUUUGACCCUGAAAUUCCGCUCAAGGAGUCCGAAAUCCCACUAAUGAUUGGAAUCUGAAUUCUGAGUUCCUUUGAAAAAGAAUCCAGAGUCCAGUACUUGAAAUCCCGAAUCCACAGUUUGGAAUCAAGAAUCCAAGACUGUGUUUGAUUGGCUUCACGGGGCAAAAAGUUGAAGUAACCUUUAGGGGUAAAACGUUAAUGCUGAAGGGAAUGUAUGGGAAAAUACAGAUUUCUGCUUUAGUAAAGACCUUGAACUACAGCUUGUCCAGCAGUGAAGUGCAGUAUUAAAUGCAUCAUCCCAUAUCCUCCUGUUACAAUAUCACUCAAAUGUAAGUUGACAUUCACUCACAUCUUGAUGUUUGAGACUCAAUUCUUGGUUCUCAAAAUGUUUGAGAACUGAAUAUUGAGUUAAGGUUCUGCAUCAUAUCUGACUAAAAUUAUAUGUGCAUUUAAAGCAUAUUCUCAGUAUUUAAUUCUUUGUCAUACUAUAAAGCCUGCAUUGCUUAUUCAUGAAGCCCUCUUUUUCCCAGAUUGUAGAAUCCUGAAUAUUCCUCAUUAUGAUAUGCAUGUCUACCACCCCCAUAUAUUUUAGAAUUUGUAAUGAUUUUCUCCUAAUAGAAAAUGAUGCUGGACCAGUCCCUCUUCCAAAUGACAAAGCACUGAAAGACAAAAAAAGAAAGCUAAAAGAAACACUUGAUAGGAUGGUUGAUCUUCUUGUAAGUAAAGUUGUAGGAUUUAUCAUUUUUAUCGUUGAAGUUUAUCACCAAAACUCUUCUUCAUAUCUUAAGUUUGUAAACUAAUUUGUAGACCUUUUUCAAAGAAGUAAAUUAUCUAAAAUAUUUUUCAACAUUUAGUUGUAGUUAUAUAAAAAAUAUAUGGUAUGGCCUGGUACAUUGAAUACAGCAAAUAAAUGUACAACUUGAAUGCUUGUAGAUUUGGUAAUGUUUCAUUGGAAAUUUUCUUUGCACUUUUUAAGUGUAAGUCACUGAUUUUAUGUAGGGAAAUAUCACAGAUUCAUACAAAGUUUGUCCAUGCAAAAGCUCAAUUCAGUUGUAGCAACAUACCAGGUUUUCCAUUCAUACAUGUACAGUGUAGUUCUUGUCCCCCUGUGAAUUUUCCUCUUAUAAUUAUUUUGUAACAUUUCACUCUUCCAUAGGAGAAAGAUGAUCCUUCUCAGUCUGGACUUUUGAGACAGUGAGUACAAUCAGACUUGUUUUCAUUUUUGCUUUUAUAAGGGCAUGAAAAAUACACUUGAAGUCAAAUUUGAACACAGUAGAAAAAAACUAGGUCAAGCUUUACACAUUCUGUGUGUUUUAGGUCUUGUGGAUUUAUGAAUGACACAAUGUAGUAGUUACAGACUGUAUUUUGUCAAUGCAUGUCAAGCAAUUUUCUUUGUACCCCAACCCUGUAGGUUGAUUGCUGAAAGUGAGCGAAAGCGUUUGAUAGCCCAGAUGUCUGCCAAUGGUAAUACUAAACUAAUAAUUUAUUGUUUGAAUUUGUAAGAGGGUAGUUAUUGAGUAGUUAUUAGCUAUGUGUAAUCAUUAUGGUAAUAGGCUGAGUGGAGUCCAUUUCCCUCUGUUAUCACACAAGUGAUUAACAAAAUCCCAGAAGUCUGGGAGAGUUAGUUUGAGUAUAAGAAUAAUUGUAUUUUUAGGUUUUUAAAAUAAGCACAAGGUAUUUGGACAGUUUUUUGCUACCAGCAUGACUUGUUGGAAAAACCUAUUGAAGUGAACACAUCAGUAAUUGUAUGUAAUGUCCAAUUGUUAUUACUUAGGCAUGACUCAUAUUGUCCUUUUACCUGUCCUACAUAGUAUUAAUGCUGAACUCAGGGAAGCUGAUAGCCAAUUGGAUUUGAUAAUUUUGUCAUAUAUUAUUAUUUUUUUUUUUGUAAUCAGUCAUUGAAUUUUAUCUUUAAAUUUUUAUGAACAAAUGAACAGUAGCAAUAAAAGGAAGUUGCAUAGUCAAGCUGUUUAUACAACUAGACUCUCCACAUUGUAAUAAAGUUUUAAAGCCUUCUUGCUGUGGGGGUCAAGGUGUGCUGUGUUAAGCUAUAUUGAUGAAGUAAAUGCAUCUUCUGCUAUGGUUUUGACUGAUAAUAUAGGCUGAUAUAUAUUUUAAUGAAGUAUGUUUAUAACUGCAUUUUAAUUACUGGGUGCUUUCCUUACAGAGUCAAGACAAAAAGCUUUAGCAGAGGUGUGUAACCUAGAUACAUUUGUGCAACAAAAUCUAUUUUGUAUAUUUUUUGGAAAAUGUGUUUAGUUGGUGUGUGUUUUCUCUACCACCCUAAAAAAAAUAGAUACCCCUGUAUUUCACUUCUAUUUGUAUCAUUUCAUUUUCCAGUCUUAUUGAUUCUAAACAUUAUUUUGAAAACAUAAAUAACUGUAUCCUUAAAUUUCUUUUCCAUUGUUUCAGGAAGCUAGGAUUCCAGCAGAUAUUCCAUUACCACCCAACAUCCCUCUACCACAUGCAGGUACAGUGCUUUUGUCCCUUCUUUGUUUCUUGUUUUAAUAAGUAUAUGAUUUUAACAACUUUAUACCUUUUUUUCUCUGCUUUCUUCUGCUUCUUUUAUCAUUCUUGGUGAUAAUUACCCUGUAGAAAUUAGCCAUCAAAUCAACCUUUACCUUUCAUUCGUAACAGUAGACAAAUGGAAAAUUCUUAAAUCACAAUCAAAAUUUCUUCAUGUGAAAUUAUGAGAAAUAACCCUUUAGGUCCCGAGAGUGACCAACAUCAAUUUUCUCCUAACAACAUCAGCAGAUCAUCAAGAGUAAAGGUCAUGAGAAUUACUAAAUUGAUUACCAAAAGGAGAAUGCCUUGAUCUUAAACCAAAUUCUCUCAACUAUUCUUAAAAGAAAUGUAUGGUGGUCAGUCUGGAGAAUUUGUAUGUGAAUCUUGGGGCUUCUGCCAAAGAGGUUUCAUUUGAAUAGUUACAUCAAAGAGUUUCAUACACAGACUCAAAAUUGGCUACCUGGGAAAGGAACCGAGAAGAGAAUUUAACCCUGAGCUAGUGAUAAGGGGGUCCUCAAACAACUUGGCCCUAAAGACUGUUUUCUCAAGAAAUUAAUUUUAAAUAAUUAUUUCAGGAAUGUUGAUGCCAAGUGAUAUUCCUCUCCCUGGACCAUUGCCUGGACAACUGUGAGUUUCUGUUUAUUAUUCUUGUUUUCAAUGCCACUGUUAGUAGUACAACCGCAGGGCACAGAAUAACAGCCGGUCAAGGGACAAUGUCUGACCAGAAUGGCGACUUGUGCGGCCAAAAACUUUACUAACCAGUCAUGUUGACCGGUCACUCACACUCUCAUUCUUGAGCCAUUCUCCUCACCUGUUAAUCUUAUAUUUAUGUGCCUUGGACAAUGCUGCUGCAGUGCAAGAUUACUCAUCUAUGGUUUAACAACCUGUACGUGGAUGUCUCAAAAUAAUCAUUUUUACCAGCUUUUGCAUGUGAAGUUGUCAUCCAGGCUUAAUGAUGGUGUAGAUAAUGUCUACUUACCUUAACUUUAUGUUACUUUAAAAAAUGUGGCAAAAACAUUUCACUUGUAAUAUUAUAAUAUUACUGUUAUAAUAUUAUUAUUAGUUGGUUUCGCACUGGAUGGGUCAUUGAUAAUUUAUCCCAAAAAUUGCUGCUUUACUGAUUUUUUUUUUUGGUGCUGUGCAAUUCCCUUAGCCCACAACAAGAAUCAUAUAGUGCACUACACGAUUCUCAUUGUACCAGAAACAAGACAUGAUUGGUAACUUACUUUUGAGCAGCACUGUACUUUUAUUCAUCCUCAGGCCCCUUCCUCCUGGAUUAAUACCUCCUGGUCCACCACCAGGGCCCCCACCAACCCUCCCCCAAGGAGUUGUACCACCUGGUCCCCCACCAGGACCCCCGCCAGGUGCCCCACCUGUCAGCAUUCCUCCACCCCCACCUCCUGGAACAGCACCUGAUGACUUAGAGGGUAGACCAUAUGAUGAUGGUGAUAGCGAGGGUAGUACCAGUGAAUCAGGGGGUGAAGAAGAGGAGUAUGACCCAGCAGUUCCGCUGGAGAGGCUGGAAGGGGAAAAUGAUGGGCAACCGAUUGAUGAACAAGAUGACAACACAGAUGAGGAGAUGGACAGUGAAGGAGGUAAAUUCUCCCCACUUCCAAUAAAAUGUACACAGUGUAUUAUUCAUAUUGGAAACCUUUAGCCAUUACUCAUCUUGCCUUAUUUUUAUGUUGAAUGUUGUGGAACAAAAGAAUUUAGAAGAUACAGUUGGCCAUCAGACAAUGUCCAACUGAAAUUUGUCCAUUGUCUGACAAAGUCCUGCCAGUGGUUGAGUAUGAAGACUUGACUAAUCAAAUAGAAAUAUAUAUAUAUAUAUAUAAUUUGCGAACAGUGUAAACAACUUCAGAAGAUUAGAAACGAAUUAAUUGCGUCAUACCAACGUCAACAAUGACAUUAGCGCGCGAAGCCGACAGUGCGCAUAAAACGGUAAAUUAAGCCUUCCACCACUAGGCUGUAAACAAUUUAUUAAGCAAUUAAUUUCGUCACACGAAUGUAAACAAAGCUAACGAGCUUUGAAAAGUAUAAAUAGGACAACGAAUAAUACGAUAAUUGAGUGUAACCUUUGUGCCCUGAAGAAGCCAAACGGCGAAACGCGUCGGCGAAAUAAAAGGUCUUGUGGCAAGUGCAUUCUUCGUGCUAUGUACGCUCGUGACACCCUAGAGCAGGCAUACCCUGGUAAAUAUCCGUGGCGGGAUCUGUGCAAAAUAUAUAUAUAUAUAUAUAUAUAUAUUAUUUUAAAGCUGAUAAUUUGUAUGGUACUGAUAGAAUUGCAAGUCAACUUAUCAUAUUCCCUGACAACUUUUAUAGUCUGUCUGACUGAAUAGUGACCUGGUCAGGCAUAAUGGUAUGUCCUGUCCAAAAACAAAAAUUAUCUUAUUUACAGCCCUGACAGGGUUGUCACUAAGAUUUCAAGUUGCCGCGUAAAUACAACAAGUAGGCGGGGAAUCAACCGGCUAGGGAUUUAUUUUGGUUCUAUUUUUCUUGUAUUUUCCAAUAAAAGUAGCCGGGGAAAAUCCCCGGCCCUCGGCUCUUAAUGACAACCCUGCCUGUGCUUAGUGAGAUGAUAUCAACUUAUUUCUCUGUUUCGCUGCAGAGUCAAGAGAACGUCAAAGAACAGUGAGGUUUGCUGAUGAAGUUGAGCAAAGUGGGGGUCAACCCUCAAACAGUGCCAAUACGUCAUCCAUUCAAGAUUUUCUUCUCAAAAUGGCUGGUCAGCCUCUUCCAGAAAAUAAGGUUCAAAUGAUAAUUAUUAUUGUGUUCAAAAGAAGACAUCCUAAAUAACAUACUUGUUAACCUGUGCUAAGUGGUCACCCUCGGAGAAUGACACACUGACAGGUCAAUAGAGGUUGUUGAUGUGAUGUCAGGAAGAAUCACCCUAGUGCAGAUUGACUGUAGUCGUGAAAAGGUUUUUGUGAGUAACAUUCAACUGUACAAAUUCAAUUCAUAGUGGUCAAGUUACUUCUCCCCUGUCAUUCAAAGUCAAAAUCUUACUACAAAAAGUAACUGAGAUUAUUGCAGAUAUGCAAUUACUCUUUCAAAUUAAUCUGGCUUGAAAUGAGCUUGAUGCAAGUAUGCUGCCCAUUCUCAAGAGAUAUAUAACUUUACAAUGCCUUACCGAAUUUUGGUUUUUAUGGCAUAUUGAUUAAAUCCCCUCAAUUUGAAAAAAAUUAUAAACCCACUAUUUCAUACUUACAGGUAACCUAAUAAAUUGUUGCCGAAAUAUUGGCCUAUAAUAAAUCAGCCCUUUGCCGUAGUGCCAGCCUCGCAUUCGGUUUUGUUUUAUUGUCUAAUUUUAGUUGUAUAUUUUAUGUCACGGUUUCCUCUUUGUUUCGUCAAUGCAGAAAACAUCAGAGGAGCAAGGAGACCAAACCAAGAGAAGCACAACACAGGUAGCCCAACCACCAGGACCACCUCCGGGGCCACCCCCUGGUCAGCUACCCCUGGGAAGUCAACAACCUGGAUCCUUACCAAUCCAACCCAACUUUGCGAUCAGGCCUCCCCCGCGGAUGUUUCCCCCCGGUCCCCCACCUGGUAGGCCUCCAGGUCCUCCCCCAGGGAUGCCUGGCAUGGUUCCCCCAGGACCACCUCCUGGGUUACCACCACCUAACAUGAUGGCACAUGCUCUGGCAAGAGGACCAAGACCCCUUAUGCAGCCGCCCAUGUCGCUCCCGCCAAGACCUGGAAUGCCCCCACCCCCUCGACCACCCCCUGGAAUGGUUCCUCCCCCACCCCAUGGUGCAGUUUUAUCAGCGCCUCCGACCUUUAUCAGCAAACCACCCAUGGCUAAUCCAACGUCUGACGGUGGAAAAGGUACGUACGUCGCUGUGUCAUUGUUGUUGUUGUUUCAAACAAUUUGUUACUUACAUUGUAAUCACCAUUGUGAGGGAGCUUAAACAACCACGACAGCGGAGAAGACGCAUUCGCGCUCUUUCAAACUUCGUCAGUCGUAUUCCAUCUCGUUCAAUUUGUCAAAUGUUAGCGAAUUUUUCUGCAGUUAAAUUCUAAAGAACUGUAUCUAAGUUUAGAAAAAGAAAAAGAAAAUCGUUGUCUUAUGUUCUCGUAGGCGUACCCUGAAAUUCAUCCGAUUGCUUCGAGUCGUUUUCUCUUCUCAACAACGUCUGAAUCGACCGGCUGUUAAUGCCGUCCAGUGACGUCACUCACUACCCGAAAACCGGGUAGUGAUUUUGAUUGGUUGAUUGUCUAAACAUUCGCAUAAUUAUGUAUAAUUAUGAAAAAUUUUAGCGGGAUUGUCGCAUCCCUGGCAUCCUUUCGUAAUAGUUCAAACAAUUCGAUAAGCUUGAUCUUUAUCUUAAACAGUAAAAUUACCCUUGUCUUCGAAACUGAAAUGCUGUAUUGAACUGCGGAUGAAGGAUCAUUGCGGACAGUCGGUAGGUUUUUCAUUUAAAGCCGCUUUGUGGUUUCGGCGGCCGGUGAUUUUGUUUACGCGAAGUUUUCUGAGAUCAAUGUUAUAAUUCGACCUUAUUGCUAUUUUUACCGUCAAGUGUAAUGAUUCUGUUAGCUUUUCUUUCUUGUCUCCUUGUUUUUUUUUUCGUUAAGGACCAAAUAGCUUCUUUUCAAUUGAAGCAAAUCAUUGUGUUUUUGAUUUUUCCGUGUGUGUGUUUAUUUCAUUGCGUGAUUGCGACCGAGUUUGAUUAUGGAAUUUAGUACAACCGGCUCAGAGUUGUACUGCAUGCAGUUGAUAGUUUGAACGUUAAACAUGAAUUACGAUCGAAAAAAAUAAAGCAGUUCUGUAUCGUGCAGACAUUUCCAAACGAUAUUUCUCGGUUUGCCACUUGAAAAUCGUGUUUUACCUUUUGCAUGAAUUAACGCAAAGGUCAAGGAGUAGUGACGUCACUGGACGGCAUUAACGGCCGGUCGAUUCAGACGUUACUGAGGGAGUAAUAACGACUCGAAGUAAUCGGAUGAAAUUCAGGCUACACGUAGGCGUACUCCUUCAAACCUGAUAUAGACGUUUCACGUCGUAGUCGUGCAACGACGUAGACAAAAGCGUGAUGCAGAUGCAAAGUUGUUGUUUUGCUAAUCUAAAUCUAUUGCUUUUUUGCCGUUCUCGUUGCCAUCGCUGCUGUUCUUUCUUAAGCUCCCUCAGUGUUAUUGAAUGAAUACUUGUUAAGGCUGGUGGCUUAGUGUUCGUAACCUUCCUGAUGCACCCAUGAUAACAUAACACAGGUAAACUCUAGUGAAUUCUCUUCCAACCGGCAGUAUCAAUGGACUCCUGUUGAACAGGACCAACGUAUAAAGAUAACUUUACGAAAACGAAAAGCGCCCCGAUCUUAGGCCCAUUUUCAUCUCGAUGUUUGCUUUAAGAAAGAAGGAUCAUCCUGAGAGAGUAAUAAAAGAGAUUAAUUGAUUCUUUUAAAUUCGUGUUUCUUUCUUUCUUACUUGAAGGAGCAACGAUUGUCAAAGAGGCAACGGCGACAAUUAGCGCCAAACCGCAGUUACGAAAUACACAGGCAGAGUUAACCAAACUCAUACCUACGGCAUUACGAGUCAAACGGGACCAACCCAAGAACAAAGCCAAGCUUCGGCCACCAACUUCUGGAUCAGAACCUGUUGAAACUUUACCACAACAAGUUUCACAGCCAAAAGUCGCCGAAACCGGCACCAAAGACGAUGCUUACGCGCUUUUUAUGAAAGAAAUGCAAGGAUUGUUGUAA